AAAUGAUUAAAAAUCAUCCAGCAGACUGUGAUAUUACAGAAGUGUCGAGCAAAAAAUCUCGACUGCCUCGAAAAAUUUACCGAAAACUCUUAAAAAAGGCGCAAAGAAGGCGGAAGAGACAAAAAUUGGCUCAAAAACGAGACGAGGAACAAAAACUUUUAGAAGCUGAUCCACUUUUUCAACAGAAACAACGUGAAAAAUUAGCUUUGGACCUCGCUCGUGAAGAAUCUGAACGCGAAUCCCGUCGAAUACAGGAAGAAAAGUGGCUGGAAACAGAAAAAAUGUUUCAAUCUAAAAUCGCUGAGGCGCGAAAACGUCAAGAAGAGUUCAACCAACGACAAAUGGAACUGCUUCGUGAGGAGGAACGUCGUCGUGCUGCGUUACGUAAGGAAAAAGAAGACCGAGAACGUCGAGAGCAACUCGCCUUCGAGACAUAUCAACAACAAAUUGAAUCUUACACUACAGGAAUUCGCGAAGAAAUCCCCGAUUUGCUUCAAAACGCCGCUCAAACCAAUCCGGGACGCGAAACUUGCGGAUUUUUCUUGAAAACCAGCGUUUGUCGGUAUGGCGAUGCCUGCGUGAAAAACCACAUCAAACCCGGAAUCAGCAAAAUCCUGUUGAUACGAAACUUUUUCACGCAUAUUCGACUCGAUCAAGCCCCAAACACGGAAUAUGGCGGAGAUUUACACUUCGAAUACGAGGAUGGGGAGCUGCAAAAAGCGUAUGAUGACUUUUAUUACGACACCGUGCACGAAAUCGAGAAAUUCGGGGAGAUAGAGAAUUUUGUGACAGCCAAGCAGGCAGCACCGCACUUCCGGGGGAACGUUUGGGUGGAAUUUAAGGACCAACGAGAUGCGUUACGGGCUUUUCAGGGACUAAUUGGACGAUUUUACGGUGGCAAGCAACUAACAAUUGAGUUUUCGGGGAUACCGAAUUUCGUACAAGCACUUUGUGGCAAGUCUUUUCGCAAGUGUUGCAACCAAGGAUCGAACUGCAAUUUCAUUCACAUGUUCAAGAAUCCAGGAGUGAGGCACAAAAUUGACGCAUUUUGGCUUCAAAUGCAAUGGGAAAUGCUGAAAAAGAAACAACGGACUUCUGAAAGGACUGAAAUUUCUACCUGGGACGAGCCCGAAGACAAAAACGCGGAAAAACGUCACUGGCGAUGGUCCGAAAGUCCGGAGCGCCGAACAAAGAACACGGAAGUAGAAUCACCACCGAAAAAGAGACCGACCAAAGAUAAAGAGACCCGCGAUAAGCAUCAUAAACACAAGAAAAGUCGUUAUAAAUAA